AUACAGAAAUACUUCUUUUUUUCCAAUACCCAAGCAAGCAAAGCAACCAUGUCGGCGAGAACUAAGCGGAUACAAAAGGAGUGGGCAAAUGUUCAAAAGGAUAAGGAGAUAAACAAUAUGUGCAGUGUUGGUCUAGUUGGGAACAACCUUGACGAGUGGCAAGCCACGAUCUUUGGCCAACCUGGUACUCCUUACGAAGGGGGUUUAUUCAAUUUAUCCAUUGUCUUGCCAAGCAAUUACCCAUUUGCACCACCCAAGGUUACCUUCAAAACUAAGAUUUAUCACCCCAACAUUAAUGAACAGGGUAGCAUUUGUCUUGAUAUUCUUAAAUUCAAAGAUAAGUGGACUCCGGCAUAUGAAGUAAGGGCUGUGAUUAUAGCAAUAUGCUCGCUGAUGAAUGAUCCAAACCCAGAUGAUCCGCUCGUGCCUAAGAUUGGUGCUGAGUACAAGAAUAACCGGUCCAGCUUCGAGGCUACUGCUCGCCAAUGGACAAUGCAGUUUGCUCUACCUUAGAAUUGGUAGAGGACCAUCAACGUAAUGAACACCGUAAAAUAAGCAAUUUGCAUAAAGCUUUUAAAGAAUAAUAUGUAUUUUAUGUUUAUUGCGGAAGUUUUUAUGAAUGAAAAAAUAUUUUA